ACCAGUCGUGAAUAUUGUAUACAAUUUAAAAUUGAAUGUCAUAGUUUAUACACGUCGAUGUUGUACUCAUAUCUUUUAUCAUUUCUAAAUGAUCAGGAAUAUAAUUUAAUUCUAUGAGUGAUCAGCCGCGGAAAAAAGAUGACAACAGAUCGUGAGACAAAUCGUAAGAAAUUCUCAAACUGGCUCCAGGGCGUUAAUUCUCUGAACAUAACGAAAACGGCUCUGCAUGAUCAUGUUUUGGAAACAUGGAAGGAACGAUUAAUGUCCUGGGAUAAGAGCGAAAGAGAUCAUAUUCCCAGUUUCCUUAAGUGUGUUGCGAGCGAUAAGAUAAAAGUGAUAAAAUGUAACAAUAACAACAAUAAGAAAGAAAAGGGUGCUGAUAAAAGAAAAUGGGACUGUGUUUGUGAACACGCAAUCUGUAAAACAAUUCUAGAGAAAAUACUUGACCUACAGCAAAACCCAGGUUUCAAUAUUAUUUGGAAUAGCUAUAUCUGCGAAAAUCUGUCAACUGUCGACGGUCAGUUAGAGGAAGAAGAUGAGACAGAGAACAUUCCAAGGGUUGAAACCAGCUCUGCAUGGACACUUGUCUAUGAAUGGGUAGUUUCCAAAAUCAUUCCAAAAACUCAUCGAAAGGUAAGGUACAAGGACAUUUUUGAUAACUGCAAACAGAAACAUAUUUGGUGCAUAGCAAACAUGUUUAUGCAGCACGGAAAAGCUAAAACUAAUAUCGCCAAUACUGGGCCACAAGACACGGAUCCUUCGAUGUUCUUCAAGAUGAUGAAAAACUGCAAGCUGUUUGAAAUUGAAAACGAGAACUACAUAUACGAUACUGUAAUUCUUUGUAGAGACAAACUUCAUCAUUCACCAAGUAAUCGACUGAGGCAACAGGAGGCUAAGACUCAUCUCAAUUCUAUGAUUGAACUUCUGAAGAAGUUUGAAGAUGUAACAAAAUGUAAAGAAGCUAUUCAAGACAUAGAAAAGAUGCUACAGGAAACAGUUAUGUCCUUGUCUGUGAAGAAUGAUAAUAUCAGUGAGUUAGCGAGGCAAGCGAGGCAAGCACUGGAAAUGAAGAAAUCUGCUCUCGAGGUAGAUACAAAAAUCGACACAACAGUAGGGUUUAAAAGCGAUGAUACUGAAGGUUUAUUGGAGGAUACAGCUAAAGAUCUUGACAGAAUUAGCGAUCCUCAAUCUGCAGUACCUAUUUAUGACGGAAUGAAAUCGAGAGAGGAUUACAAGCAUGAACAUGGGAAAAUUGAUGAAAUUCAACAAAAACUGAAGAAAGUGGAAAAAGAAAACGAAACGCUUAAACAUCACAAGAGAACGACGACUGGGCAGAGCGAGAGUUCACAAUUUUCUGCAACUAAGGAUGAACAAGCAAAGGAACAUGUUGCAAAGAUGGUGAAUAUUCUGACAACUGCUGAAUCAGACCCGAAACUAUAUAGAAUAAUAACGGAGCAGUUAAUUCCAGUAAUAGAUCAAGUCACUGCAGAUGCAUCUGAUAUUAAUGAAAACAUUAAAGAAAAUGUAAAUGAGGUUCAUGCACUCGAACAGACUAAUCAGAAAUCAACAGAAGAUAAACAAAAUAGCUGCGAUGAAACUGAAGGUCUACAGGGACAAGACGGAAACGGUGAGGAUUCCAGUCAUGACACGGAGGGUAAUGGUCAGUUAUGGACCAUUCAGUACCUUGACGGUUCAAGCAGUGUUUUACAACCAGCACAGCAUUACAAUGUAAGACAGGACGAAGAAUCUACCGGGCAUAGUUUCUUAACAUGCUGCCGAAUAUCGUCGGCUGAGAUUCUGUUGGCAGACCGCACCAAGAAGAAGUUAAAGAAACUUGAUGACAAAUACCGAAUAAUUAGCUGUCUGGAUCUAUGUGAAUGGCCUUUUGAUAUAUGUUACGUAGGUAACAAUGAAUGUGUGGUAGCUCUUCUCGGAAAAAAAAAUGCAGUUUGUGGAUGUAAGAGAUGAUAUGGAGCUGACAAGGUCACAUGAUACAAACCACGAUUGUUCUGGACUGACCUAUCAUGAUAACCAGCUGUAUGUUAUGGAUAAUAAAUCUGUUUAUAUAUACAGCACAGAUGGUAUAAUGCAACACGUUUUGUAUACACAUAAAUUAAACGAAACUGUGUUUCGGCAUAUUGCCUUAAACGACGAUUCUAGUAGGAUUUACAUUACAUGCUUUAACAAUGGACUUGUCACUAUUGACACCUCAGGAAAUUACAUCAAUACCUUCUCAGACCCAGAACUAGGGCAUGCCUCGGGUGUAUGUGUAGAUGGCGGAGGUAAUGUUUUGGUUUGUGGCAGCAAAUCUUCCAAUAUUCUAAAAAUUUGCCCUGAAGGUAGGCAGAAUCUUGGAGUAAUAGAAAACAAAUCAGGUGGAGAGGGGGAUAUGACAGCAUUAUACUUUGACAGACAGAAUGACGUGCUUAUAAUUGCAGGCCAAUCAGGAAAUCUUACUGUUUUAAAUAUGAAAUAAAGCCUUAAAGGAGUUAUGCUGUUCAGAUCACAAUAUUACAAUGUAGAAUUUGAUUCAACCCUACAUGACGUGUUGAUGGACUGGUUUAGAACAAAUUGACCUCUAGACGAAGAAAUUUCCAUAAAUAUACUGUAAAUUCAUACUUUGUUGGCAUUUAGCAUUUCAGCGUAAUUAAUAUAUUGUAGAUUUAAUACAUUUAUUGAUCUCUCACAUGGGUAAAUCAAAGAUAUAAAAGAAAAGAUCUCCAUGUUCUUCAUUUAUAUGCAGUUAGACUAUUUUAGCUUUAAUCCCUCGAAAUAAAUGGGCAAAUAAAAUUUAAAGGUG